UUAUUACAAAAUCACAAAACCAGAAGUCUCAAUCUCACUCUCUUGACUAUUAUAACUGUUCCUCAAAGAACCAAAGGAAAUCUCUUAUCCUCACUGCCUACUUCAGCUCUCAAUAAAUGUUUGACCAACUCCAAAAGGUCAAAACAUCCAAUAUGCUUCCAAAUCUAGAGAAACCCUAGCUUUAAUAUGAAUCCCGAUUCCGACUUUCAUUUGAUCUGUGCUAGGUAAAACCUCAGUUGUGUUUCACUUUACUGGAAAGUUUUGAACUUUCCCUGGAAACAAACAGAAAGCUGGAAUCUUUGACUGUCUGAGAUUGGAGAAUGAGGCGGAGACCAAUGGAUUUUCGAAGGCCGGUAAGGAGGCGGCUUUCGAAUGUGGUGUGGUGGACAAUUUGUGGUUUAGUUGUCUUGUUCUUUAUAAUCAUUUUCAGUAAAGAGAGUCAGAUUGAAUCCAGACCCAGCCAUGCGAAGAAACCUUUCUAUCAUGAUAGGAUUAUGGAAGGCCUAAACAUUACUGAUGAAAUGCUUAGCCCUAACUCAGUCACCAGGCAACUCAGUGACCAAAUUAAUCUUGCAAAAGCUUUUGUAGCGAUUGCAAAAGAAAGCAACAAUCUGCAAUUAGCUUGGGAAUUAAGUGCCCAGAUUCGCAAUUCACAGGUCCUGCUUUCUAGUGCUGCAACAAGACGAGCUCCAUUGACAACCAGAGAAUCAGAAACUGCAAUUCGUGACAUGGCACUUUUGCUCUACCAAGCCCAACAGCUGCACUAUGAUAGUGCAACUAUGAUCAUGAGACUGAGAGCCAAAAUCCAAGCUCUUGAAGAACAAAAGAGUUCUGUAACUGAAAAGAGUUCAAAAUAUGGACAAAUAGCUGCAGAAGAAGUUCCAAAAGGUCUUUAUUGCCUUGGUAUUCAGCUAACUACAGAAUGGUUUGGAAAUUUAAAUUUGCAAGGGAAACUCAAUGAAAGAAUGCACAUGGAAUCAAAACUUAGAGAUAACAAUCUCUAUCAUUUUUGUGUCUUCUCCGACAACGUACUUGCAACCUCAGUUGUGGUCAAUUCAACUGCAUUAAAUUCCAAAAAUCCGAAUAUGAUCGUCUUUCAUCUUGUAACUGAUGAAAUAAACUAUGCUGCAAUGAAGGCCUGGUUUGCUAUGAAUGAUUUUGGAGGAGUUACUGUUGAGGUUCAAAAGUUUGAAGACUUUAAGUGGCUGAAUGCUUCUUAUGUGCCAGUUCUUAAGCAGCUCCAAGACUCUGAAACUCAAAACUAUUACUUUUCAGGCCAUAGUGAUGAUGGCCGGACUCCAAUCAAGUUCCGGAACCCAAAAUAUUUGUCUAUGCUAAAUCACCUCAGAUUUUAUAUUCCUGAAGUUUUUCCUGCAUUGAAGAAGGUGGUAUUUCUUGAUGAUGAUGUAGUGACUCAGAAGGAUCUGUCUGCACUAUUUUCAAUUGAUUUGAAUGGCAAUGUCAAUGGAGCAGUGGAGACGUGCAUGGAGACAUUUCACCGGUACCAUAAGUACCUGAACUACUCUCACCCACUCAUACGGGAGCAUUUUGAUCCAGAUGCAUGUGGUUGGGCAUUUGGGAUGAAUGUUUUUGAUUUGGUCGAGUGGAGGAGAAGAAAUGUAACCAACAUUUAUCAUUACUGGCAGGAAAGGAAUGUAGACAGGACACUUUGGAAACUUGGGACUCUACCACCUGGACUUCUGACCUUCUAUGGGUUGACACAACCGUUAGAUCCCUCAUGGCAUGUGUUGGGAUUGGGAUACACAAAUGUCGAUCAUCACUUGAUAGAGAAGGGGGCAGUGUUGCACUUCAAUGGAAACUCAAAACCAUGGCUGAAAAUUGGGAUGGAAAAGUACAAGCCUCUUUGGGAGAAGUACGUAGAUUAUUCUCAUCCUUUAUUGCAACAGUGCAACUUUCAUUGAUUUCAGACAUGGGAAGCUUCACAUUUCCACUGGUGCGCAAGAAUUUUUCCAGUCAAAGUAUGCUUGCACAGUUUUUACAAGAUCAAGCAUGGCUGGUGGUUGUAGAAGUGCCUGUUGUAGCAUAGAAUGCUCAUUUCACAUCAAACAUUCAAUUGACCAAGAUCUUUUUUUAGUCUGUCUAUGUAGAUUGAGCUAUAAUCAAUACUUAUCCACUGCAGUUCUUACUUCUCAUUUUCAUCAAGUUUAAGAACCUGUAUCGAAAUGGAACUGGUUGUUUCUUUUCAA